GCGACGACACGAGUGCACUGCCCAGCCUCGACUCGGUGCCUUCUGCGACUGUUCUUAAACCCCUCUUUCCUCGGUCAGAUCAUUGUGAUAAUCGCUUCGCUCACCAAGAAACAACCAUGGCACCACUCGAGGAAAUGCAGAUUGCCCAGCUCAACCGGUCGAUCCGGACCAUCAAAGCGGAACUCGAGUACUUGUGCGACGCAUCUGUCAUUACACCGCAGCAGCUGUCGUCGCUGUUGUCACAGAUCCCGGCCCAAACUGCUCUGCACGCCCCCUUGUCCGUCGGCGCUGUGCCUGGCGCUGUUCCCAUCAACGAUGCCGCCCCCACAGCACCUAUGGCCAACCUGAACAUCCACAGAGACGACGAGAAGAAGCAGCCAAACAACUUCUACCAACCCUCGCCAGCAGCAACUCCUGCUCCUCCUCCUGCAUAUGCUGCCCCACCCCCGUCGAUGCCCCCACUUGCUCAAGCCACCGCUCUGUACGCAUACAACGGAACCGACCCUGGCGAUCUCGAGCUUCAACCCAACGACCACAUCAACGUCAUGGAGUACAUGAAUGCCGAGUGGUGGAAGGGCCGUUCCUCACGCACUGGUCAAGAGGGAAUCUUCCCCCGCUCAUAUGUCCGCGUGAUCGAGAAUGCUCUGCCGCAGUCUGCACCCACCAGCUACGGCAACAUGCCUCUUGAGGUUAGUGGUCAGGGCGAUGGCAGCGGCAAGGUGCCCACCAAGAUGCAAGAGGGUGGUAAAAAAAUUGGAAAAAAGCUAGGAAAUGCUGCCAUUUUCGGUGCUGGAGCCACCAUUGGUGGCAACAUUGUCAACUCCAUCUUCUAGUUCUGCUACUACUGCUCCCAGAUUCCGAGGAGCCCAUCUUUUUAAUGUUUGGCGUUGGGGGCUUUGGUUCUUUUGACUCAGCUAUACAUCGUACUUUGUGUUGGCGAAAUCCACGGGACACGGAUACAUCCUUACCAAAGGUAUUGCCUU